AUGAAUGAAGCGUUCCUCAACAGAUCGAUCCAACCUCCUACACAUCUUCCCAGGUUUGUGCUGAAAUAUUUAUUUGAACAAAACAAUAGUUGAGUUUCUUAGCAUGACAGAAGCGAAGAGAGAUGCUUCCGUCAGCAGUGACCGAGUCGUACUCCACAGAAACUUGCUUUCGUCCUCUCUCAAUCGAACUACGAAUCGAGCCACAAACUUAUUUGAUUAUCGUCUAUACAUAGUGUUGGCGUUUGUAGUAAAUUAAAUUUCAAUUUCGGCGUUUCAUAAUGACCCGAAAUAACACUGACGGUUUAUUUUAAAACUCCGAGAAAAUUAUGCGUGGUUGUCACGUUCAAAGCAACGCCGGUUCGAAAAUUGCCAAGAUUGCAUAUAUCUAUUCUUAACUUUCAGUUUUACUUCAAAGAUUAGAUAUUUAGUUCAUUCAGCGAAAACAAAAGGCAUAAAUCUUAUCAACGCAGUCUUUUAUUUCUGUUUAUCCAACACGUUGGCCGACUGCCUGAAGUCCGUGACAAAGUUGUACAGCGCUCAAUUUUGUGUCAAAAUUGUUUUCGGUAACAAAUUUUAAGCAACACCUAUGAGAGAACAACAUCUCUUUUUUGGUGGUACGUGCGAAGAGGCGGGUAAGGGAAAUCACAACUAAAACAAAGUCCUUUAGAUGUAGGAGGUUUUAGAAUUACUUGGACGAAUUGAAUCGCCAUUAAAAGACAGGAAGUUGAGUCACAGUUUCUUUUAUCGCUUUAAAGAAAGCAGGCAUUUUAACACACGUGCGUGGGGCUCACAGGUAACUACUGCAAUUAACAGUUUUGAUUUUGUUUGACGAGCCUCGUUAAUAAUUCGACAGACAAUUUCCCCUGAGAGAUAAAGUUUUCGUAGAAACAAGGAGGCUUGAUUUAGCGCUUCAAUAGUCAGGAAGGAAACGUGGGUAACUCUUUGUGUGUUUUGUCAGAACAGUUGUGCCUGGCCGCGAUUGAACUUGUGAAUUCACACAACCAAUAAUCACAAUCGUCGUCGUAUUGCGGAGGCCAGUCAGAAAUAUCGAAAAAAAAAAUUCAAUGAAACUAUGAGUUGGUGGAACAAAGAGCGAUGAAGUCAGUGAGGUGUCACUUCUCUUUUUUAGAUCAGUACUUUGAAUAGCAUGAAACAACUGUUUAAUAAUUGAGUUAAAGAUCUCUAUUUAUUUUUGGCUUCGUUACAAAACUUAGAUAUCCUCUUUAAUACAAAAAAUUUUCGAACUUCAAUUCAAGACGCAGGCUAACUUGUUUUUUGUUAGAGCGUCUGAGUAAUGGGCUCCCGGUGGCAUUCUGCUGUAAAAUCGGAGUAAAAAGUUCCCAACUGCUAGCGAAAGAGAAAUCGUUUUCCUUUUAAAACCUGCCCGAGCAGAUCUCCAUCAGGGUCUUUUGAAAGGUUCUCACUCUGGGAAGCUUUACGCAACUGGAAGAAAGAGAUUUUGCAAGAGUGUCAACUGUAGUUAAAAAUUUAAUGCAAGACAUGCGUCUGACCACCAGCUAACAACAGCUUUCAAAAACGAUCAUGAGUUUAUCAGUACAAAGAAAAAGAAGCACAGCGAUAAAAAGAGAAAAUUCUAGAAUUGCACCUCUCGUGUGAAUGCAAAAAAAUUGAGAAAGAGUGAAGAAGAAUUGAAAGACCCACUUUACCUGUUGCAUUUUGUGUUUUCGUGAUCAUCAGAUCAUCAAGCACCCUCGGAGAGUUCCACAAUACAGCUCUUUUUCCCCAAAUCUCGAUCAUAUGAGAAAAAUAGCCAUCAUAGGAAGCCACUGAUAACAAGACAAUCACGAAUAAAAGCUAACACUGAACAUGGGGAGACCGAAACAUCAUCAGGUAAAUCUGUAGGAGGUAAAAAUCAGCGCGCAUUUUUUAUUUUGUUUAGGCUUGCAUGAUGGGGUGUUUUACCCUUUCGGCAAGAGACCCCGGUCACGAAAUUCGUAAACCUGAUCCUGCAGAGCACGAAAAGAAAGAUUUGUUCAUGUUUGACGAGUUACUUCGAUCAAAUAGGUUUCCAAAGGAGGUACGAAACGUAUUAUAGUGGUACUUUAAAUUGAAAGUUUCGUGGUCGUAAAUUCAGAUAUGCUCAGAGAAUUCUGGCAAGGUUGUUGUUUUAGUCAUCUUGAUAAGAAAAAAUACAUCAUUUUUCUUCACUGAACGCUUAGAUAUGUUUUAGUCAUCGAGCUGAGGAAGUCUACAAACUGUAGAGUAAAUGUGGCCGGAUUCCGCAGUUGAAUAUACGUGUUGAUAUCUACGAAGUCUGUGACUGUCUCAAACUCAAGAGGGGUUCGAUUGUUUACAGUAUAAGUAAAAUCGGGCGAUAGCAUGUUUAUUGAUACAUUAGGAAGAAAAAAAGAUUUCCAAUUUUGGUAUUGCCUCACCUUAAAAGUCAGUGCUAAUCAUCGAACACAGGUGACGGUAAUCAGCAAUGGAAAUGUUUGCUAAUUAAGAUUUUGCCGAUCGGAGAUCUAAGAUCACGAGUGGAUUCGCGUUUCAUGGGAAGGAAAGGACUUCAUCGGCUCCUUACAGAGCCGACAAUAAGUUCGCCAUGAACACAUUGUAUAGUUUUCUAACGGAACAAACAGGGCCUAAACAACGGCUGGGUUUAUGUAAGAAAGUUUGACCUCCCACGGAGGAAAUUGCUUCAGGCCCCGGCUUUUUGGUUUAUGUUUUUAAGCCAAAAAUGCACGAAAAUGUAGAGACACGCGAAGGUCUUUCCACCGUCAAGUUGAAAGUUUGAGAUGUCUACCAUAACGAAAAACGUUCUUAGAAAUUACGAGUGACUCAUUUCCUUGUUAAUUCAAACGGCGGCAUGGGAAUUUUGCCGUGCCGGUUGUGAACUGUCACAGUCAUUGUGUUACCACCUCUAAACACUUAAAUCAAACGCGGUUGCCUUUCUUCGAUUCCUUAUUCUUUGACUGGACAGCUGGAGAUUGAGAGAGCCGACCGUUUGAUGCGGUUUUGUGGCAUUUGACCACUCUCUUUCUCGGCCUUCUGAAGCGGAAAAGCGGACAAAGGCUUAACACUAUUUUAAAUCACUCUCUGUGAUGACGUAAUCGCGCGGGCUGAGGCCAAGGUGCACGAUCCAUCACGUACUCGCGUGAUGCGUCACAAGUGGCUGAGUCACGAGUCUUAAUUCUCGAUGAAUAUGGAAUAGUUUCCCCUUUCAUUUCCGAAAUUACAAAGAAAACUUAUGAAAUUGACAUCUUUUUAUCAUUUUCCGUGACUCUAGCCAGAAUAUCAUUCGAAUUUCGCUUGCGCCAUGACCCUGACCUCGACAAGUAAUUGAUGACUCAUUGUUAUGUAAUUUGAGCCCGCGCUGUUUUUGUGAUAGUGAGCAUGCGCAGCUUUUUGUUGCCAAAUACAAAAUUCCCCUAACUGCUAGAAAUAUCGGGAAAACCGUGUUUGCAUCGUCGGCUUUGGCGUACAAAAACUUUUUUCACUCAUGAUUUCCGCCUCUUCUUGGUAGGUAUUUGUUUACUGACCAGGACACACCAGAAGGACUCAUUCCAAAAAUGAUAGUCCCAGUCAUGGGCAAAGAUCCUCGGUGGUUACUCGUCGAAGUUUGCAGGGAAUUUCAGCGUGGAAAGUGUUCAAGAACAGAGGACGAAUGUAGAUUCGCCCAUCCACCCGCUCAUGUGCUUAUACAGAAUGGAAAAGUCACGGCGUGUUUCGACUCUCUGAAGGUAUCUACGUUUUUCUCUUAAAGGGAAUAUUUGUGUGGAAAAAUUGGAGUAGUUGUGGUGGCAUUUCCGCGCUUUAUGGCCAUAAUCUUCAAACUUUCUUUUGUUCGUAGAAAUUUUCGAGAACUUGUUGCGUCGGUCACUAUGAAACAAGUGUUUUGCGGGCUUUUCAACUUCUCCUAAAGUUUACGAGCUUGUUAUGGGUGUGCUUUCUGAGAAGGCACGUUUGGGAAUGAUUUUCUACGAAAAAUUUCGGAGGAGUCUGUCUCUACGAUAUCCUUUAUUUCACAAUAAGUAAGGUUAUAUAGGCACUAGGAUUUUUUCGCUGCGUUUGGCUUAUGCAACAUCAGCAGUUCAAUAUUUUUGAGGAAAUGAGAUGUGUUUCUCUUAAAACUACUUAAAACUUUGAUUGUGAAUCGUCUAAGUGGCUAUGCCAGGGGUCUAAACGAUGUUUGUGGCUCAUUUGUUUAACUGGACCAAUAUUCAUUGCUAAACUGCGUAAAACCGGCGAUGAAUACCAUGUUGUGGCAUGUUGUGUGGGUGUCAAAAUAGUUAAGAAUUUGCUCUUUCGUAUGUCAUGAAUCCAGCAUUUCCCAUUGCGUGUUUGGGUUUCGUUAAGGACUCGUGGACUCAUCCGAGUAAUUGUUGAUUAAAUUUUCGUGACCGAUGGUCAAGUUCGUGAAUCUCUUUCUUCUGUUAGACCACGUAUCUCAACUGUUGAGAACAAAGCACGUCAAGUUAAAAUUGAUAUGUCGUUCUGCUCACGAAACGGAGAACACGGGUUUCCUAUUGACAAAAUCAAAGCGUGCAAUUUGUAAAACCUUUUUUUUUCAUGUUUCGUGAGUUCCAGGUCGGAAACGCAGCAAGUGGAUUCGCUUAUCAACAUAUGGGUAGACACUUUCUUUGUUCUUUUCCUCUAGACUCACGAUAUUGAAAGGAAGGUUAAAAUUUACCACUGCGUUCUAAACGUGUACUGAAAUUUAAAGAAUAUUACGUAAUUUGCGAGAUAGUGCACGCAUUUUCGUUUGCAAAAAGUUUCGUGAAUUUUGUAUCCUUUCUCAAAGACAAAAAAAUAGCGUGCCCGGGGUGAAAUUUGUUUUCUUGCAAUAAUCACGCGAUUGUUGAUUGGAUCAUUAAAAAGUUUGCUUUGAGUAUUGUGAGCAUCACUGUUUAAUUUCUUGUCGCACGCGGUUUGCGUGACAGAAAUUGAAAUUUGCUCAGUAUUGCUUCAGUCCGUGUUCUUGAGACAAAAGAAACUUGACUCUUGUUUAGAACUUCCUGUGCCAUCGAUUUUUGGGGUCGUUCUCUUUUGGCAAAGGGAUUUCCGUGUCGGUGUAAAUCCUUUCAGACCCUCUUAAUCUUAAUCAUGAUUAAAAAAAAAUGAUUAUAUAUCUAAUAUAAAUGUGGGCUAUAACUCAUCUGACAUAAAUUGCCUGAUUACUGUUGAAUAUUGCUGCAUGUUGCAGUCAAUGAUUUGAGCUUUGACUGUAAAUUUAUUUCAAAGAAAUAUUUUGGCUAGUGCUUCCUGAAAUGUGCAGCUUUUAAAUUGAAUUUUGAUCAAUUAGUUAUAAUUUCCUGUGUGAAUUUCAGAUUGUCAUGUUAGAAAAAAUUAUUUGGUGUUUUUGUGGUGAUAGAACUAGUUUUUCAGAAGUUUUGGGAGUCUUUUUGUACCAAUGUUGCUGUUUCUUUUCUAAAAACAAUGAUGUCAAGUUGCCAACAUUGUGAAGAUUUACACUAAAAAUUUUUUUGUCAAAUCGAGUCUUUUGUUUGGGUCGCACACAAUGACUUGUCAUAUAAUGGUUCAGUAGACAUUUCUAGUUGACAUGCAUUUUUCAAAUUCAAGUCUAAAUUGAAGCUUUUUGUCAUGUGUAAGGAAAGUUUACUUGUCAUUGAAAAGUACCAUUGGAAUAAACUACAUUCAAGCAAUUGCUUGUCAUUGAAGAUAAGUGGUACCAGUUCUGCUUGUGAAAAUAUUUGUGUUACAGGUUGGCUAAAUUCUGCGCUAACGAUGGGGAAUGAAAAUUUAAAAUGAUUUCCAGCACUUGUUGGUGUUAGUUCACUAAUAAUAAAAUUAUUUAAUAGAUGCAAUGAAUUUUAUAAUAAUGUUAAAUUAAUGGUAUUGCUCAGAAAUUAGGAGACAAUUUGAAAACAGUGGUGUGGUGGGCUAUUACUUGGUAGUUAAAUUGAUAAGGAGAUACACAUUUUGUUUGAAAGAAUUUUUAUUUGCAUGUGUUGGGGCUUGCUAUUUACUCCUUGUAGUCAUAAGCCCUCUUAUGUUAGUCUAAGCGGGUUAGGUUGUCUUGUUGAGAUUAAGCCUUGUCUGUCUGGUUUUAAUGUUAGCAUGGGUAACAAAUCUCUUUCUCUGAGGCACCCAGCUUGACUGGAGUAAAAGACAGGUUGUCAUAUUUUCACCUGUAGGUGGUAAAUCUCAAUAGUUAGACUAAUUCAAAUUUGUCCCAUUAAUUCUUGGGAAAAACAACUACCAAAAAAAAAGAGACUCACUCUUGACAUCAGAGCACAUUUUUAAAUUAGGCAGUUUAUAAGUGUUGAAGUUUUUUAUUUUUGUUGCUCAGGCCUCAUUUGUAGGAGGAUAUCUUUCAACUCUUUUAAACUUUUUGCAGUUUGUAGUCUAGAGGUUAGCAGUAAUUGACUUACAAGAUCAGGCUUGCUAAAAAAAACUGUCAAGUGUCUUUAAGAGAGAUAUGAUAAGCUUCUUUAGAGCCACCCAUAUUAAUCUGACUAUAUCGCAUGUAUUAACUAAGAGGCACUGUUAUACAUCGGUGAAAGUUCCAAGGUUAAAAGCAAACCUUUUUAAUGAUCAAUUGUGAUUAAAGGACAAUUACUCUUUUCAACCUUCACACUAAACAAAAGGGUAUUGAUUGAGUCGCAUUGACUGAAAUUUCCCAUGAUUUUUUUAGUUCACACAGACUCACAGACUCCAUGUCUAGACAACAUUUAUAUAUAAGAUUCAUUUCUUUCAGUUUGUAAAGGUUAACCCUUUAUUUUGUGUAGUAAUGGGAUUAGAACCCCCUGCCUAAGGUGGUAAUCUCAAAGCCUUUCUUUGGUUUCAAAACAUUUCAUUUGUGACUAUCCAUUGCUGGUUAUUCUAAAAUAUGAGCUAAAGUUAUCGCAAAGAUAAAGUUUAAAAGGAACAGGAAACUAGUCAUUAACACACAAGAGCUAUGCAUUAUGAGUCUAAAGACACUCAAACCAACCAAUGAUUUUGCGAGAAUUUUGUGCUUUGCACCUUGUGUUUUGACAUUUAAUAUUUACUAUUGUUUCAGGCUCGUUGCCACAGGGAAAAGUGUAAGUAUUUACAUCCCCCAAAGCAUAUAAAAGCUCAAAUGGAGAACAAUGGCCGCCUUCUACAACAGCAGCAGCAGCAACAACAGCAGAUAGCUAUUCAGCAGCAAGCCUUUGCACCACUUGCUCAACAGAUGCUGACAAAUCCCUCAUUUGUAAGACACUUUUUAGCUAAAUAAAGUUAUUGCACUAAAUGCAAACUUAAGUUCUUGAACUGAGGCAAAAAGUUUUGAAAAUAGUGUACCAUUUUUAAGACACAAUGUAUAACAAAAAAGUGUUUAGGAAUUCUUACAGAAUUGUUGAAUGAGAGAAAACCAGCCCUUUGUCUAGGAAGGAAAAUGAGAAAUAACAGUCAUUAUUUUAAUGUGUUCUUUGAAAAGACCAUAUAAAAGUCAGUGGAAAAAUAUGCUAUCCAGUUCAGUAUUGUAGUAUUUUUUCCUUGCAAGUGGUGUGGAAAAUUCCUACAUCAUGGUCUGUUUUCAGGUUUCUGAUAAUUGUGUCCUGCUUCUUGCUUCAUUGUUACCCAAGUGAAUGGGGGUAAUUUUUAAUAAGACAUUCAAACCCAAUUCCUUUCAGAUAUCUGCAUGGCCAUUAAGUGUUCCUGCUUCAAAUGGAACAUAUCUUCAACAUCCUGUUGCUUUUCUGCCUGAUGCAUCAGCCUUGGCUCAGAGUCCUUCCAGACGACUAGACAAGUCUGACAAAUUGGAGGUCAGAGACCUUAAGUCUUUUAAAUAUUGUAUAUUAGCAUAGGUUAAUAUAUAAAAACAACUAUCAAGUGAUCUCUUAAGUUGUUGUAAAUUGUUUUAAUGCAGGAGAAACCAUUGAUCAUCAAGUCUAAUAUCCUCAUUGUGAAGGUUGCCCUGUAAAGGUCUGUUCUGGGCAACAGUGACUGAUGUUCUGAAAGCUUAAGGGGAAUUAAUCAGGAGUAAAGUUUGGAGUUACACUAGUCAAAGUCUUACAACUAAAACCAUUACAGCAAAACUGAGUUUUCUUCAGUUUUUGUGAACAAGACUUCUAACCCUCAACUGACUUUCAUCCUCUCACUUCACUUUGAUGGCAACUUCUGCUCAGUUGUCAAAACAUUAAAUACUAUCACUAACAACAGACGCUAUCAAACCUGCCCAGACUGUAUCACAUGAUCAGACAGCAUAAUCACAUUUUCACAUAGAAAAAAACUGUACUUUUUGGUUUACAUGGAUGUGAUAAAUUGGACCUUAUCUGGCCAAAGACUGCCUAAGAACUCCCUGUGAUACUAAUGUAAAAAAAUAAAGAAAGAAAGAAAUAAAAUUGAAAUACUGAGGGAAUUGGAGGAAAGAGAAGAUUUAAAUGGAUUGAUAACAAAAUGGAAAAGCAUAACUUCUCAAUCUUUAGAAAGCCACCACUUUUCACUUUCGUAGCAUGAUUUUUUAAAUGGAAUUGUAUCUGCUUUUCAAGGUGUGUCGAGAAUAUCAGAGAGGGUCAUGUUCAAGAGAAGAGUGCAGAUAUGCACAUCCUCCUCCACAUGUGUCUAUUGAUAGUACAGAUGGUAUGAUUACAGUUUGUAUGGACUUCAUGAAGGGAAGAUGUCAAAGGGAAAUGUGCCGAUACUUUCACCCACCAGCACAUCUUCAGGGAAGAGUCAGAGCUGCACAGCAGCAGUCAAUACCGGUGAGUAGUGUGUUCUUCAUUUUUAACGAAGAAAUGAGUGUCAGGUUGGAAGGUAAGAACCUUGCACCUGGUGACUGGUUCCAAGUACUUGUUUUUGACUUGAUUGACACAUAGUUUGAUUAAGUUGAUCAUUGGGCCAAAAUCCUGGGUGUUCAGUUUUAUCAAUCUAUCUCACCAUCCAAAGAUUAUCCCAGCCUCUGGGAAUGGAACAUGGUUACUAUUACAACAUCACUGAUCCCCAUGUGCUUGUAUGAAACACAUUCCUUAUAAUGCAAAACAAGGCCAUGCACCCAUGCAAAUUAAUCUCCUACACAAUAUCAUGUAAGCCAAUGAUUUAACUUUAGUAACUGGCCCUCAUCAUCAGAUGAAGUGAAUAAUAAGGAACAUUUAUUGAGUGCAUACCAUGUUCCUUACAAUCUAUUUCAGGACCAAGGGAAGUGUUAUCAUAUUAUUUAAAAGCACUUAUUUGUGCCUUUUGAAAAAUAAAUCCCAAAAUAAUUUGGUGCCUUAAAUUGCAACUAGACUUUAAAUAUUCUUGUUAGUUAAAUGUACAGUUUAAAGUAUAAUUUAUUAUACUGAAUAAUUUGUCCAAAGUUAUUUACACGGCUGUAUAGCACCUGGAAAAAUAAGCCUAAGCACAAGUGUCAAUUCUACAGCAGAAACCUAGCCUUGCUUAAUGCUAAUAAAAGCUACUUUAAUUUAAGAUAACAAUCAAGCAGCUUGCAUGCAAUUCACAUUAAGAGGAUGGUGGAGUAUGUAGCACCCUGUUUAUCUGGUCACCGAUUUAAAACUUCAUUAUUACAAAGAAGUGGUUCUAUAGUAUGACAGUCUGUAGAAUAGCUACUUGUAUACAACGCAGAAUGCAUUACAAGUGCAGUAUUUGACUUGCAUGCUCGCUGACAUAAUCACUGAGAUGUAGGUUUAGUUAUAUACAUUAUAGAUUAGACAAACUAUACUCACCAAGUCAGUGAUUAACAUCUCACAGCCUAAAUCAGCAACCGUAAGGCUAGCUAAGGCAAGGGAUCAAGUGUUCUUUUUUCUAAUUGUUAUUAUUCUUAAACGCAAAUGGUAAAAGAGAGCAAAAACAUCUUGGACGAAUGGAACCACACAACAAUAUUUUUGAGUCAUGUUUUAUUAUGUGUUCCACUUGAAGAACACAAAGGAGACAUUAGGAAAAUGCAAAAGGGGCAAUGAUAGACCAAGAAAGGACAAGUAAUGCUUAGGUUGCACUAGAUUCAAAUUAACUUGUGAUUAUUUGAAAAAGUUUGGCAAAAGUUUCCAAGAUGUACAAAUUGUGACAGCAUUUUUAACAUGUUAGUUCUAAUUGCUAGCCUUGGGUUGCUGUGCAGUAACUGUCACCAUGCAUGCUUGAGGCUUAUGAAGUUUAGCAGCAAUUUGCAUAAAUCAUGACUUGCACUUUGCUUGUCUCUUUUCAUGUGCCGUUGCUGAAAUUGCUUACAUCAUGCUGCUGGCUGGCUGGCAUUCCUUUUGUGCUUGCACACCGCCUUCUGCUGACUUAGCUGGAGGGUAGCCGCAAGAGGCCCCAUGAUACAUUGACUGAACUGGUACUUAAUAGCCUUUUGCUUUUGUGGGUCUAAAUAGCCGGAAAGCUGUAGCUACUAGAUUAAGAUUUAAGCAACUUGAGUGACAUCAAUAGAGUUGCAAAUGCUGUUAGUUUCCAACCCCUUUUUGCCUGCACCACACCUCGGGCUUUCCCUACUUGGGGAGUACAGUCUGGGGGACUGAAGCAGGCCUUCACUGUGUGCUGAAAUUGGAUGCAAAGCUAUUUGUCUCAAUUUCCAUUUAUUGUCUAGUAUGAAUUAGUAUCUUCAUGACUGGCCCAAUCAGAUAGACCUCUGCCAUAAGUGCUCAUAGCUUAAAGGUUGGACCUCUUAUUGACUAGAAGGAUUUAGGGGUUAAUUAUAAGUCCUUGGACUGAGCUGUAAAUAUUCUACUUGGACAUUUUGUUACCAAUAAUGGUCAUCAUGGUAAGGAAAUAUGAAUACUAAAAGUCUUUGGAGUGUUCCUGGAAGACACAGUGUCUGUUGUGAUGGUUAAUACCAGAUGGAUAUGUUACUCAGUGACCUAAUCACAACCUUUCUUUAGUUGAUGUGGAAAAACUGCAUUCUUGAGACAGACUAUGCCCUUUGAGGUGUCUCCUCCUGUUCAUCCAGGAGUUUAUAAGCACUGUCUGACAUGAGAUAGCUUUUAUGGUCAACUUCUUAGGAAUAAUUAAGGGUGACCUUUGAGGGAGUAACAAUAUGAAUACUGCACUGGGACCAUAGGUUUACUCUGGUACAUCAGGUCAUAGAGAAGCAAGGAUAAACAAUUCUCUCUGCGAGUCACUUACUGUAUGUCAAUUACAGGCAUUGUCAUAAGGCUAUUAUAAUAAUGUCUCUGUGCAAAAAAAGUAUCUGUGUUAACAGCAUUAAAAAAUCCAUAACUUUUGGGCUGGGGCAUGUUGAAGAUCAAAGAACUAACUUUGCAGUUGUUUGUUCACAGACUUUUGGAGAACCAUUCAAGAAACAAACUGCUCUUGAAGUGCCUCUGGUCAUGCCAGGAGCGGCGGCUGCUAUUCCAUCCUUUAAUCAACCUGUAGGACUGCAAUUUGCAUCUCUUAUACCAACAAGUAGGUGAAAAUUUUUGUUUUAGGUAUUAAUUUUAGUUAGGAGGUAGUGUGGCCCUGUGGAAAGAGUGUUCAAGCCCCCCACUCUGCCACUCCCUGGAUUUGUUCUCAGUUAUGCCGAGUUCAACUCCUUGCCUGCUCCUUGUAUGUAACCAACUGGUCUGCCUUCAGUCAAUUGUGAUUUUUAAACACUAUGUUUAUUCAUUCAUUUAUUCAUUUAUUUGUGGUGGCCCUGAUUAAGCAGUGGUCCAUUAAGUUUUCAUACAUACAACAUACUUACAUUCACACAUUAAUACACCUAGGUUACAUACAUUCACAUAUACAUGUGGAAAGAGGACAGUGGACAAGAGGAGCCACCCCAAGGAAUAUCCACUGCUAAAUCUCAUUUAUGUUCUUGUUUUUUAAUCAUGUUUGUGUUUCCACUUCAAAAAGUGGUUGUCUAAAGCUAAAUUGACUUGUAUUGAAGAUGUUAUAUGACCAUCUUUCAGUGCCGUUACUUACACAAGGAAUUCCCUUGGUUCAACCACAAGUACCUCAGGUAAAUAUGCUAUGCAAUUCUCUAAAAGUUAUUCUAUAGUGAUUAUUUAUAGAGCUCUAUGAGAACAAAAUGCUGACAGAAAAAAAACUGAUUGAAAAAUGUGCAGUUUGUACACCUGUGAUUUAAAUGAAAGGGGGCAUUUGAAAUCAGCCAGAGAAGGAAUUUCCCCCUAGAAUUCCUUUACUAAUUUGGUGGCAAUAUGGUUGUAUGUUUGCAUGACAAUCUCUAUAUACUCUAAUGGUGUAGAUGCAGUUUUAAAGUUGCCAAGGUUUGGGCCAGUUGGCUCAUGAGACUUGAACAGUUUCUUUAGAAACUACUCGAACUUCCUUGUUUGCCAGGACUCUAGGGCUAGCGAGUCAUGCUAACACUGGUGUUUCGUUUCAUGUUCCUUGUUCAAUAGUGGCAACAACAGGUACAGCCACAGGUCUUAGGCUAUAUGCCUGUGGAGUCAGCCGCGACACCACCACCUCCUCUAGCUCCUCCUCCUACUCCUCAAACAUCCUACCAAAUCAUAGACCCUCAGCCUGUCCAGUCAAUGGACGUCCAGUACUGGAACAACUACACGUUAGCUUCCGCUCCCACCACACCCACCUUUGUUAUGUCGCCCCAUGCUAUGUGAUUCAGGGGCGAUUCUUUUUAUAUGUGCUAGGGGUGUGUGUGUGUGUGAUUGAUUGUUCCGGGAGAGGGCAAGAAUGGAGGGAUAGAACAGGAAUUUAAGGAAUGAGAGAUUGAGACAUAAGAGGUUGUAAGCUGUGGCUUUGUUCAAAGCAAGAAACAAAGCUGGCUGCCAUCUCGGAGAUUUGCAUGUCCAAGAUGCAAGGCAAUAUUGAAAGACCAUUCCAUUCAGUCUUCAAGAAGACAAACUUUAUUCAGAGGAGGAGAUCAAGAUUACUAUUACGUUCUUUUCUAAAAAAAAAUGGCCACUGGAGGAAAAAAUUGGAAUGAAACUUCAGAACUGUCACAGUACUAUUAUUGAUUGAUUAAUAUAUGACAAUAGUGUGUGUUAUCAUCAGCUACAAUUGUAUCUCAAAAUUGUUUAGGUCUUGGACCAGAAACAGAGAUAAAAAAUUGAAUAUAGCAAGCAAUGUUCUACUUAGGUUUUCUUAAUUCUAGUUUAAAAACAGUGACAGAAAGUUAGUUAUGACCACUUAGUUAUCGGUUGCAUGUGAAAAACUAGCAUGAAAAGAAAGAGGAAAUAUUUUAUAAAAUUAAGAUCGAGUUGCAGCUUCCCAAAGCUCUGUUAGUGUUUUGUGCCCGGUUUGAGAGAAAAAUAGAUUGUUGCUUAACACUUACAGCGCUUUUGGUCCCUGCAGAGAGUAAAACUUUUAUUCUUUAUUUGUUACAAGAGAGAAAAUGUUAUCUGUUACAUUCAUUGAUUUAUUUUGUACAUUCUAGAGAAGUCAAUCGGGGUUUUACUCAUUCACAUAUUUGUAUGUGUAAUAAUUUUAUUUGGGAUUGUUAUUUACUACCUACUCUUACUAUUUAAGUUGAGAAAUUGUUUUGUAUGUACUUAAGAAAGAUAGACUAUAUAAAUGUAUUUUGUAAAAUAUCAGCUCCUGGAAAGCAGCAGAUCUAGAUGAAGAAUGACAAUAUUUGUACUUUAAACUACCUUAAUUCACGUGAGAAGUCACAUUUUUUUGACUGACAGAAUAAACUUUAAGUACAUCAAGAUAUUAUUGAGCAAUACAAAGUAAAUCCAUGUAGCUGAUGACUCUAAGAGAGAUGAAGAUUUACUACCAUCUGAAAUUUUGUGAUGAACGAGAGAAUAUAAACUUUAACAGGAAUUGAGACAGCAUUUCUAUGAACCAUUUUAUUAACUUAUGUUGCAAUGGAUGUGAAACAGAUAUUGAUUUGAUUUUUGUGAAAUGAAUGAACUGGUGGCUGAGCCAUUGUGAUAAAGAUGAAUUUAGAUUAUUAGAGUUGUUUUAUCAAAUAGAAUUUUUCACAAUGGAAAGUUUAUUGCAAGACGAGUGAGAGAAAAGACAACAUCAAAUGUUUAAAUUCAAACAUUUUGAACUGUUUUGGUCAGAUUCUCACGUGAAAGUCUUGCAGCAAAAGUUUCAUUUUCAUAGAUCAAAAUUACUUUUUGUAGGAAAAUUGUUAUUUAUGUGUUUAUAUGUGAUUGUAGAGUUGAACUGAAUCAUAUGUUGAAUUAAAGUUUGUCUAUGUUGUCUGUUGGUGUUAAUUAUGUGUAAAUAUCAUGCUUAAAUGUCCAUUUUACUAUGAGAUUUGUGUCCCUGGCUAGUGCAACAUUCUACUCAUGUUUGAAAAAGUUAUCUUACAUUGUAAGCAAAUUGGACUUUGAUUCCAUUUUUAGGACAUUGAAUUUGGCAAUAAGUGUUUCUGCUGACCUUCCCUUGUUAAAAUUUUACAAAUGUGCGAUGGAAAAAGGAAGAAAAUUAAAUUUACAUUGUAGGCAUGAUAAGUAUGUUGCACUCCUUAUGAUAUUAUUUAAUGUGUUCAAUUAAUUCUAGAGAUGAUGUGUCUCCUAACCUUCCUGUUGCAGGAAUUUGGUAACCCCUGUUAAGGCUGCAGCAUGCAAGCUUGUUGCAAAAUUCCUGCCGCUUCCUUGCCCUGGCUGGUUUUCCCUAAUGCUUGCCAAACUUCUCUCUCUAAGCACUUCAGCACCCGUGUUGUGUUUUCCAAUUGACUUACCCAUCCACUUUUCAUCAGUUAUGAAUUUGUGUUAGUUAAGAAGUAUAUCUUUUAUAUAACUUAACACAUUUUUUUCUUUUUCACUACUGGCACAUUUUUACUCCUGACUAACUGACACCUAUCAAUCAAUCAAUCAAUCUGAGACCCUUUCUUUUUCCCUUGACAGCACUCCAAUGGGUUGCCAGUUUGUCGGGACUAUAACUCUGGCCAGUGUCACAGAGAAGCCUGCCGCUAUGCCCACGUUAAAGACAGUGAGCUCUCUUUCUUGUGUUAACGCUUAGCUGGUUAGCCCUUUCAGCCCUAGUAAUAAUAUUCAAAUUCUCAAUGGUAAAAAAAGAGAGAAAUUAAGAAUGUCUUUUUUUCACUUUGGUAUUUAUUUAACCUAAGUUUUGAUCCUUGUCAAAUUCCCUCAACCAAGACGUGAGAAUGAAAUAUUGAGCUGUGUGCAGAAGGGGCUAAACUGUGCUUAAGAAUUCUUGCCUGGCAGGCUCCCACACUAUGCUAAAUGGCUGGCCUGUGCUUUUCAGAAAAAAAAAGAAUAGAUUUAUUGAGUACUUUUGUCACUUUUUCUGGUGAGGCAGCUGCAUUGAGGGAAUGUUUGGUGAGCUAGCUGGUCUCUAGACUGAAAAUUCAAGUCACGACACUGAACUUUUAGUGUGCCUCCCUCCAGUAAGACAGGGUUUUCAAUUAAAGCUGGUUACUGGCAGUCUGCUGCUGUCUAUAAGACUACAUACCACCGUCUGUUUGGUAUGCAAGUGGGCUCUCAUGUUUGGGGUUUCACCUAGUGUGUUCAGUGGGAAACAUGAUGGACCAAUGAAUAGUACCUUUGGUUUUCUAUUGACCCCUUACACCCUGACAUCAGAAGGCGUAUUCUCCAUACUGCUCUCCAUACAUUUCCAAAGGUGAUGACAGAGAGAAUUUGCUUAACAAUCAAGAGCCUUCCUAGUUGGUGAUCAUUUCCUUUAUUCUUGAGACCUUAAUAUGUGAUUCAAGGGUGAGAUUGUAAGGAGAAACUAGAUGCCAGUCACUCUCAGGUGUCAAAGGGUUGAUAUUCUUGGGGUUUUAGCUCUGGUUGGGCUUAUCAUGUUGUGUUGUGACUCUUUUGUCUCUAAUGAGGAGUUAAACUCAACUUGUCAAAUGUCAGUCCCCCCGAGGUUUAAAUUAAUUAUUUUACAAAUUCCUUCCCCCCAUCUUGGCAAAAAAAUUACAUUUUAAAAAUACAUGCAACUACAUCCUUGAACAGAUAUAUAUCAGCUCACUUUUUUCCUUUUAAAUCAAGAUGAAGUAAAUUCCCUUUUUCAUUGUGGUAUAUGUCCAAAGUUACUUUCAUCCAUGAGAUCUAAUAAGCUUUAACCCUUUAACUCCCCUAAGUGACCAAGACAGAAUUUCUCCUGACAAUAUCAAUACAAUAUCAACCAGAUAAGUGACGAGAAUAAAGAAAAAUAUCAAUUCAGGGAUGAUUAGUUGAUCCAAUACCAAAUUCUCUGAACUAACAUUAUAAGAAUCACUCUGUUACCAUGCCUUAUGAUAAUAGGCCUGCAUUUGAGCUAAGUUGCUGCACCAACAUAGUUUAUAUGCUUUUUAUAGCAUCACCAAUUAGGUGUGCUACUUCCCCCACUCUCCCUCCCUUCUAGAACCUCUCCCUCUCCUUCUAGAGUUUUUUUUUGGUUUCCCCGACUUUAAUAUACCCGUUGAAGGUCACAUGAAGAUGAUCAAUCCUUUGACACCAAAAGUGACUAUAGCAUCUAAUUUCUCCUUACAAUAUCACCCCUGAAUCACACAUCAAGGUGGUAAGAAUAAGGGAAAUGAUCACUUACAAUAGAAGCUCUUGAUUGUUAAACAAAUUCUUCAUGUCAGCACUUUAGAAAAUGUUUGGAGAUUAGUUACUGAUGUUAGGGUGUGAAGGGUUAAGACUCAGUCUUUAGGGGUCUGGGUCAGCUUUGACCCAGACCCCUAAUCCAUAACUGUGGGUUAACCAUGAUCACUAACUAAGGUAUUCUAUCUGGCUUUUGUAAAUUGAUAAUUUAAGUAGUGUCAGGGUUUAGACAUCUGCUAGUAUUGUUCUUGGCAAAGGGUCUUUUCCUACACAAAAUAACAAUAAAAAGCAUCAAAAUAUAUUUUUGCCAUCAUGCCAUAAUUUAUGUUAAAUAUGUAACCAUUUUAAAACAAUUGGAAACAUGCACUAAAACUGAUAAUUUAUGUCAGUGUUUGGUUUCAUGAAGAGACUCCCAUAUUUAAUAUGUUGGCAUGUGAUUGCAAAUAUAAACAAGGAGUGAAGUAAAUUGGGAUUAUGAAAACAUUGGAUUUCCAGUUAUUUGUACCACAGUUGACAUCCUUCCUUCUAACUUCUAUUUUUUUGUGUCCUUGACAGAAAAUGUAGAAGUUGUGGAUGGUAAGGUGACUGUGUGCCGUGAUGCAGUGAAAGGAAAAUGUUCAAGACCCAACUGCAAAUAUUACCACCCAGAGGUUGGUUCCUCAGGCACUGCCUCAUCAACAAAGUCAUUGAGAUAGGGCCAGCUUGAUAAGCACCUCCAGUCCAAGGAUGUUAGGAUGGAGGUGAAAGUUGGAUGAGAGCUAUUUUAUUUUUGGUAACAGAAGAAUGUCACUAUGGUUAUUACCAAAAAUUCUGAAAUUCAGGGGGGGGGGGUCUCCCUAUAAGUAAACUUUUGAUUCACUUUUACGCGCUAUUGCUAAGCAUGCAUUGCACAAAAUUUCAUGACUUAGAUUCCAGGUUUGCAUAGAAUGCUGUGCCUGUAAAAAUGCUAGAGUAACGACUUAAGUGCUUAACAAAACAUGAUAAUGCUGAAAGCAUACACUAUAAGGCCAAAAAUAGUAGAGGGAGGGGAGCUAGCAGUGUUUGGCACUUUGGGUGUUAGAGAUGUUUGUCUCUUGCAAAGCAGUCAGAGUGACCUUGCAGUGUGAGCAUGCAGCCUUCAAGCUAUUGCAGAGAGUGAUCAUGGUAAAAUGAGACUGAAUGGUUUCAUGGCUUAGGAGGGAAGGAAAAAAACCUCUGUUUUCUGGGAAACCUGAGUAGUAGGGGUUACCUGUGCCAGUGGGUGAACAGCAUGGCUAGGUAACUGUGGUGGAGCUGGGAACCUUAGCAGGUUACCUUAGCAGCCAGAGCCACCUGUGCCACUGGGAUCCCAAUAAUGGAAAGAUAUCAAUGUAAUAGUCCAUUUUACAGUUGUGUACUUGGUUGCCAAGCCUUGCAACAGUAGUGUGGCUGAGGGUGACCUUGUUAUGAUACAAACAUUACUGCUUUUCAAAUCUAAAUUACCUUGUUAUCAGGCAAACUAGACACUGGUCUCUAUCACAGCAAGGUAAACUUCAGCCUCACUCCAAAUCAAAGGCUUGGUAACUAAGAACACAACUGUAAAACGACCUACUGUGAAUUACUUGACUGAGCAGUUUGUUGUUAACUAAUGGGCAAAUAGGCCAAAUAAUGGCUACGUUUAUGUUCAGCAACUUGUCACUUUGAAUAUGACAUUGAAACUUGAAGAGAAUUAGUUUUGCUUUAAAGCUUACAACAAAACUGGCAAUAUGGUUAAGGAUGACAGGUUGUUAGUAACUUUGUUCCUUGCCCAAAUGCUCACGAUAAUGCACUAUAAGCUAGUAAAUGCAAUUGCCUCUGUGGUUAUUUGUGUUUUUGCUUGCAUGCAGAUAUUUCCUAUUUCCUUUUCUGUUUGAAUUUGUAAAGGAAAUAGGAAAUAUUCGGAAAUAGGAAAUAUUCGGGUGUUGGCUAUUAAUGUGUGCUUGGUAUUCAUUUUUGUAUUUACUCUUCAAGAAAGACCUUCAGAACUCAAGAAAACUGACAAUUCCCACAAUUUCACACUGUAUCAUAAAAAGCUCAUUCUGUGAGUAUGAAGAUCUAGCAAAGUCAUAAAAUUCACAAGCCCAACUUUUGUAAUCAUUUUCAUGAUCAGAAGGCAUAGAAAUUUAUCAUUCUUACAUUUACCAACUCUGAUAUUUUUCUGACCUUGAUUUUUUAUUCCAUCAGUGCAAACUUAACGAUGACAGUUAGCAUUUUUAGUCAUGCUAUUUGCAUGUGAUGCAAAUUGCACAAAUUAGAUCGAAUCGCACUUUCGUGUAUUUUUUUUGAAAUGAUAAAAUUUUCAUUGUAGAAUUAUCAUUGUUUUAUGAUCAUACACAAUUGUAUUUAAGUGCCAUAAUGGACAAAAAACACUCCAAUGAAAGAAUAUAGAAUGAAAGAAACUAUCAGACGAGUUUAAAGAGUACUUUUUUACUAUGGAAAGAGGAACAGAAACUGGUUUUCUGAUUUUUUUAAAAAACAAAUGUUAUCUUCUGAAUGGAAAGGUCUAUAAAUACAAACAAAAGAGAGUUUUCCAGGAAGCUGCUUUAGAACUGAAAAGUUGGUAUCAAUAUAUCAUGAUUCCACUCACGGCUAUUUGAUAAAAAGUUGUCCUUGAAAGAACUUGACAUUAUUACAGAACUGAUUGCACUGGACAAGGUUAGAUUAAAAUUACAUUAUAGAGAGUUCUUUUGUAAAAUAAUCAAAGUAGUUGUAAGUUAUCUUUCACCAAGUGAAAUUGGAAAGUUUAUUCACAUGUGUCAACCCAGAAAAUGCUCUAAAUUAAACUUGGAGAAUAAUUCCUUUUGGCACAAUUUAAGCCAAACAAGGUAUACUUUUUGCUCCAUUUUGAGCCUUGGGAUUCAUCUUUACCAAACUAGAACCAGGAAGCAAUGUUUUCUGUGAAUGUGAUCAACUCUUUUCAACACCAGGAUGUACAAUCAUUACGUUAUUUUCAGUAAGACUCCUUGUUCAUUGUUCAUAUUCUUGGUAAAGUUUGUACCAUAGAAGUGACUUCAGCCCAGCUGUUUUUUUUUCUGUUGUUUAUUUCUGUCUUCUGCAUAAUGAUUACUUGUAAGCAUGCAUGAAAGCCACUAAGUGAGAAAUAAGCAUCAGCUUAAUCCAUCAACCCCAAAAGUCUGGCAAAUAUUUCAUCCUUCUUGCUGCCACACAUUUUGUUGUAAAUUUUUAUGACAACUUGGUUCUAUAUAUUAGUAAACAGUAGCACCCUUGAGCUGAUAAGUUUGUCAAUUCUCGCAACCUGUCUGCUGGAUAUUGUCCAAAGAUGGUGUUUGGAGAAGUGUCAUGUUAAAUGCUUCUUCAGUUGUAUGAAUGUUACUCAGUGACACAAAUCUGAUCAAAAAAUUGCUUCUCCUGCCAGAAUCAAACAGAGAGAUAAUGGGAAUUUAGAUUUAAAUCAACCAAAGGAUAUUUGCUUGACAUCAGAACUUAAUAACAAAGUUCAGAAAUGUAUGACAUUUAAGAGGAAAAAUUUGACCAGCAUUCAGAUCUAUUAUAGUGAAAAGGUUCAUGUUUGAACUCCCAGGAGUGAUCUACAUGUAUCUUCUCCCCAGGAUGUUCAUAUCUCAUCUCAGUGAUGAGAAUACAAACAUAUUCAAACUUCUCAGGUAGAAGUUGUUAUUUUGACCUAAAACCAAAUUCUUUCAACUAUUUACAAGGAAAUGUGUAGCAGCUAGAGGGGAGAAUUCAGAUCUUGGGAGUUGAAGGGUUCAGUGGCAGAACCUUUUGAAUUUGAAAGGGUGAUAUAAUUGCAAAUAUUAUCCUAAAGGCUAGGAAAACAUUUAAGAAGAGGGGAAGGUGAAGAGAAUUUAUUUUUGUAUUCAUGUGCUAAUAUAGAGUAUAGCAGCAAAGCUUCUAAGCGUGCAGUGUCCGAUAUUGCUGGCAAUAGUUUAAUGCUUUAAUUAAUCCUUUUUAAUGUUAAAUAUUAUUAAACUAUUACUGUAUCAUUAUAAUCAUUAUUGUAAAGUGUAUUCAUGAUAUAAAGAGUCCCAAAGGUGUAAAGUACAGUGCAUGCCAAAAAUUUAAGAAGAUUAAAGUAACAUAUUAAUAUUUUAUGAUAUUUAUUUAAAGUUCAAAUUUUGUUCCACAAUUUGAUAAUUUUAUUGGUGUAGAGUUGGUAAGGAAAUAUGAUUUGGGCACUAUGAAUAUAUCGAGUAAGGUUAACAUGGUCCCACUUUAAAGGUUAAAAGAAAAAAAUUUAAGAUUAGAAGAUGUUAAAAUAUUUUAGAGAGUUUUAGAAAAGAUGAUUUCCUUAUUAUAAUCUCAUGGUUGAGGAGCAACUGGCUUGCAGGGAAUAUGACACACAUCAAACUCUCUUCUUUAUCAGGGGCUGGCUAUUUCAUUUUCCAAUUGUUGUAAUCUCUGUAGAUUCCCUCUGCCAUCAGAAACCUAAAUUUCCAUUUGUUAUUUGUUAGCCUUCAUAGAAUCUCCUGUCCCAUAUGUGCUUGAUCAAUGUAAAAAGAGAAAGCGCAAGGGUAUUGCCUUUUUUCUUUGAAAAGUUAUCCCACCAAUUUGUCUUCUUUGCAAGUGUAGUUUAAAUCAACCUGGGAAGAUCAGUAAUGGUAUAUUAAAAGAUUAAGCACUAUUGGGUCUUAAUUGAUAAUUAUCAGAUCAAGAGCAGGUUGUUUGGCUGUGCAAUGACAGUUUAUUUACAAGGGGUGCAAAUGGUAACUUCUGAGGCUUGUGAGAUGCUGUGACCCCUGUUUUAAAAAUGUGAAUAACAGACAAGACAAUUUUGGCUGAAAAACUUUACUUUUACUGAGUAAAAAGUUCAAGAGACCUACAUUUUUCUAAGGUACCAUUUGCUACCCCUUGUGAAUUUGCUGGUUUAUACCUAAGAGAACCUGCUUAUGAGCAAAGGAUUGGGGUGC